CUUUAAUACGAAUUUAUUAUUUUGUGUUUUAGUGUAAUUAAGUUAACGCCAUGAAGAAACAUAAACAUAAACAUAAACAUAAACAUUCUGGGACAAAGAUUUUCACCAUUUCUGGACGUGUUUUGUUUCCGUGCACUUAUCCACUUGUUGAUAUCUACGCGAUCUGAAACUGUUUGAUUACAGGAAACAUUUCCUUUGGGGAUCGACUAUUCCCACCGGAUAGCUCUCGGGAACACCAAGAAAUUAGAGAUUAGAGGCGUUUUUGUCCCUCGGGAUAGCAGCUCGGGUUAGGGUUAGCGAAGAGAAGGAUUGCGAUUCCCAUACAGAGCAACCCUUUCCUAGCAGCGGUUUGGUUUUUACAGCUCAUAAAAGGUCUAUUAGAUGAAAUUGGCCUUUCUUGUUUGUUGCUCUAUUUUUUUGGCUGCCAUACCUUACUGAAACUGUCAGUUUGGACUCUACCAGGUCGAUGUCCCGUUAAGUUGUCUUCGUAGUAAUCAGCCUUGUUUCAUUGUUAUUCUAUUUUUAUUGCUGUCUGAUCAAAUAGCAGCAUUUUUGUUUGCGAUCCCUUGCCUUUAAUAUUUGUACAAAAUAGUUCAGUCAUUAUAAAACUGCUUGAUUUCUCCGAUCAAUGGCUAUUGGCACUCAAAGGCCGCGCUGGAAUGGGAUGGAAAUUUUUUAAUUCCUCCCGUACGACCCCUCCCCCAAUAGAAUUAUUUUAUCAGCUCGUACGACCAUCGUCACUAUGGCAACAGUGAUUGCUCAACUUACGUCCAAGAUGGCGGACGAAGAAGCUCUAGAAAUACGGCCUUUCUCUUGUCCUGUCGGACCCCUUAGCGAUCGUAAGCUAAGCGCUGAAAAGCUCCCUAACACAAGACCGUUUUCUAUGGGUGCAGUGCAAGAAGGAGACGAAGAAGAGCUAUCAGAAGAACUUCUGGAAGAAAUUUUAAUCGAGCGUUCUAAAGGUGGUGAUAGUCUCGCCAAAUUUCAACUGGGACAGUUCUACUUUGAGCGGGAAAUUUACGACAAAGCUCUGGUCGCAUUUGAAAGAAUCAAGAGCACAGAUUUUCAAGCAAAAUACCAACUUGGUGUGAUGUACUAUGAUGGAAUUGGAACAAACGCCAACCCGGUAAAAGGAUUUGAACAUCUCAAAGAAAUAGCAGAAUCCGCCAAUCCUGAUGCAGCACACCUGAUUCCAUUUGCCCAGUAUAAUGUUGGCAGGGCUUACUAUGAAGGAUUUGGUGUCAAACAGUCUGACAAGGAGGCAGAGAGGUGGCUCCUUGCUGCUGCACAGGAUGGCGAACCAAGUGGGAGCAUUAAGGCGCAAACUGUCUUGGGUUUGUUCUACUCACGACCUGAUGAAGAGUCCUUUGACUUGCAAAAGGCAUACUUUUGGCAUCAGGAAGCCACUGGAAAUGGAAGCCUAGAGUCACAAGGUGCAUUAGGUGUGAUGUUUGAGUAUGGCAUUGGUGUUCGGCGAGAUGGUGAAGCAGCUUUUAAGUGUCUGAAGGAAGCAGCUGCUAGAGGAAAUGUCUAUGCCCAGGGUAACUUAGCUGUUCAUUAUUACAGAAGAAAACUGUUAAACAAGGCUGCUGAUGUGGCAAAAAGUGUUGGAGAGCAAGAGGACAUACAAGGCCUUGCUCUUGAAACUGACUGUCUGCCUCGCUAUGUGGCUAAAGGAAUCGCCCUAGGAUGUUUUGUUUAUGGCCGCUGUUUACAUCAUGGAUUAGGAGUGGAACAAAAUAGAGAGCAGGCGAAGCACUGGUAUUCAAGGGUAGGUGUACUUGUAUGCUGAAAAAGGUUACAACUGCUUGUUGUCACAAUGUAUACUGGGACUUUUCUUAGCCAUGUUACAUGCCUCUUUCCUGUAGUGACAGCCUGAAAGGUCCUUCAUCUCCUGCCUUCAGCCUAACUGAUCAGGUUGGGAGAUGACUGGCAUUUCAGGCUACAGUGAAUUGAAGGAGGUGGGAAACAGAUGAAAUAAAUGAUGAAUGGGGAAUUACCAGUCACUCACACCUCCACGGAAUGACUGACAGGUUGUCCACUGUUUCUGGUGAAAAUCCUUGCAAGAUGAUCUUUUAAGGAUAUUUUUUGUGAAAUCUUUAAUUUAAAGAGCUGCCAAACUUCAUCAAUUAAAGGUCUUUUAAAGAUCCGUAGAGGACCUUACAAAGGUCUUAGGAGACACAUGUAAUGACAUCUUAUGAGAUCUUGUAAUUACAUGUAGAUCUUAGCAAAGAUCACUGUAAGGAUUCAAGAUCCUCAAACUUAAAUAUCGAUACUUUUCUAUUUUAUUGGUAUU